AGGGAUGAAGGGACAAAGGCGGCACCGGUGCCAGGGCAGGACGACCCAGGGGACAGAAGGGAGCGGUGCCUGUACCUGUUUGGGCGGACGGGGAGGGAGAAGGAGGAGUGGUACCAGCACCUCGCGCGAGCCUCCCGCAUGGGUCCAGCGCCACAGAGCAGCGGCAGCAGCAGCGGGGGCAGCUCUGAGGACGUCUCCUCUGCUCUCCCACCCAAGGACCUGGCGGGGAGCAUCCAGCAGGAGAUCUUCCUGGAUUACAGCACCUACAUGGCCCGAUUCGUGCCAGCGCAGGUCAGGGGCAGCCCGGAGCAGAGCCCCUCUCACGGAGCACCGGGCAGCCCCACGGCCACAAAGCCCAGCGAGGACGCAGCGGGGCGCAGCGAGAGCUGCAUGGCCUGGAUGAACGCGCUGGUGGGACGCAUCUUCUGGGACUUCCUCCGGGAGCGCUACUGGGCUGAGCAAGUGUCCAACAAGAUCCAGAAGAAGCUGAGCAAGAUCAAGCUCCCCUAUUUCAUGAAUGAGCUGACACUGACGGAGCUGGACAUGGGCAUGUCCAUCCCCUCGGUCCUCAGCGCCUCCAACCCCACCAUUGAUGACCGAGGGCUCUGGGUGGACAUGGAGGUCACCUACAGCGGCUCAUUGCAGAUGACCCUAGAGACGAAGAUGAACCUCUGCAAGCUGGGGAAGGAGAGCGCUGCAGAGGAGAGCGGCCCAGCAGAGGCAGGAGGAGAGGGCCACGUCAGUGGCAACAGCACGAGCCGGAAGAUCCUGCGCUUCGUGGACAAGAUCGCCAAGUCCAAGUACUUCCAGAGGGCCACUGAAAACGAGUUCAUCAAGAAGAAGAUCGAGGAGGUUUCCAACACACCGCUGCUGCUGACGGUGGAGGUGCAGGAGCUGGCAGGAACCUUGGCUGUGAACAUCCCACCGCCACCGACGGACCGUGUCUGGUACAGCUUCCGAGUGCCGCCGCAGCUGGAGCUGAAGGUGCGCCCCAAGCUGGGCGAGCGGGAGGUGACGUUCCUCCACGUCAUUGAGUGGAUCGAGAAGAAGCUGCAGCACGAGCUGCAGAAAAUCUUGGUGAUGCCAAACAUGGACGAUCUCAUCAUUCCCAUCAUGAGCUCUGGCCUGGAUCCUCAGCCACCCAUGGGGGCACUGCCCAGGGACCCAGGGGCAGGGCAGAGCCACUGCACAGAGCACAGGGACCUUGCUGGGACACGGGGCCAAGCAGGACCUGGGCUCUGA